UUUUCUUGUGUAUUAUGAAAUAUUUUAGGAACUUAUUUGCACAAGACGCAUCAAAGAUCGUGAUGGUAAGAAGAAUGGACGCGUUUCGUAAGAAUUAACCGCGGUGGAUACACCCUAACUCUAUUUAAAGGACUGCUAUUUAAGACGAAUUCUCAAAGCCCAAUAAGGGUGCCGACCAAGUCACACGUGAGAAUCAGGGGACCGUGAAGUUUCUGUCAACCUUCGAGCUCAAUAACCUAAACCAAAAUCCACGUGGGGUGUGGCACCGCUGCUGUUUAGAAGAGGAGCUAGAACGCUUUGGGCCGCGGGGAAACAACGAGUUUGGGGUCCAGCGCUGCAGUUCGCAAUCUGAGGGGGGUCCAGUAGUGACGAUCAUUUGUAGAUUUAAUUAAUAUAUUCAGUGGUUAUGAUUCUUGGACAAGUGUGACUUAUAAACACGAUGGAAUUGGGACAGUUUUAUAGUUUUCUAUGGAUUUUAAUAUUGGUCACAUUGACAGCAUCCCAGGGUACAACAAUAACACAUGUCUGUCCUGAUGGAUGGGUUUUAUCUAAUAUAAUGUGCUAUAAAUUAUAUGGAACAUCAUCUGUAACAAAAUCAACAUGGGACCUAGCGUAUCGUGAGUGCAAGGGUAAUGGAGCUGAGUUAGUAACUAUUGAUGAUUAUUUCACCAAUCUGAAUGUUGGCGACUUUGCUUCACAGAGGAAUGUCAACAUGUUUUGGACGGGAAUGAGUGAGAAGGGUGUGAAUACCCAGAAUGGCAUUGAUACAACGUGGAACAUGCUCACAGCGGCAUCAAUUUACCAGGGUCGCUGGUCAGUCAGAAAUCCAGAUACUAGUCACGGAGACUGUGUAUAUAUAGAGAAAAAGGAUGGAAAAUAUCAGUGGACCAUGGGAAACUGUCGGAUGAAGAUGGCAUUUGUGUGUCAGAGAACUCCAUGUUUACCAGGGAGCUUUCACUGUGACAAUGGACGAUGUGUUAACAAUAAUUGGCGCUGUGAUGGCGUUGAUGAUUGUGGGGAUUUCUCUGACGAAGUCAACUGCCCAAAUAGAUGUAGUUUUAUGUACAACCAAGCCGUGGGUCGAAUCCAAUCUCCAAAUUAUCCCCAAAACUACCAAGCUUCCCAAGUAUGCACUUGGACAAUUAUUGGGCCAGAGGGAUCUAAUAUUUAUUUACAGUUCACAUCAUUCAAUACUGAGAAAGACACAGACAUCGUAGAAAUCCUGAUUGGUGGGCGGACAGAAUCUACAGCCCAGUCUAUUGCCCGCUUGUCCGGACAGCCUAGCUUGCCCACAGUCCGAUACAGGAGCCACAAUAAUUACAUGAUCAUCCGAUUCUCCACUGACUCCGCCACACAAAGAAUGGGCUUUGCUGCAAACUUCAGUAGUUCACAAGAUGGCUAUCAAGAACAAACAUAUUUGACUGGAAGAAAUACAGAAGGUAGUCUGGAGCCCCCACUUUUUGGUUCUCAUGGAAGCAAUGCUUACCUGGGAAAUCAAGAUUAUGUAUGGAUAAUUAGAGCUGAGGAGCGCCGGAAAAUAAUUACACUUGAGAGAAUGAAAAUAGAUCUGAUGGGUGAUGAUGCAAUAGAAAUUCGUGAUGGGGACUCUGGAAGUGCCCCUCUUCUUGAGAAAUACACUGCCAGUAACAAUGACAAUGUGGCCCUCCCUCUAAGUCAGUCUCAGCCAAUCAAAGGAAAGAGAUUUGUGUUCUCCACCAGUCAUGUGAUGUACAUCAUUUUUAGGACAGGCAGCACAACAUCAGGGACCGGCUUCACAUUUAGAUAUAAACAAGGGUGCAGUGCGAGAUACACAGCUGAUGCAGGAGAGAUCACCAGUCCUGGAUUUCCCAAUGUUAACUAUGCCAACUUCCAGACAUGUACUUGGACCAUAGAUAUACCCACUGGUAAAGGGGUUACUCUCUUGUUGGAUAGAGAUUCUGGAUAUGAAAUUGAAGACAAUGUCGAUUUUCUACAGAUUUACACAAACACCACUGAUGAAACUGGAGCCGCAGCCCAUGGGACAACUCAAGGAUUUACAACUACUACACUAGGCAAUGCCCAGACAUUUCACAGUUCCAAUGGGAAGAUGUUCAUCAGAUUUAAAUCCACUGCCAUUAUUAACAAAAAAGGAUUCCGUUUUCUCUAUUCCAUAGAUUGUCCUGAUCCUGGUUUAACAACUGCUUCUGUGUUGACCCCCACUCAGACACCCGAACAAACCAGACAGUUUGAUAACGAGUUCACCGUCAGCUGCCAGAGUGGAUACAGUUUUCUUGCUGAUGAAUUGAAUUUAUCUACUGCCAAAAUGAAGUGCAUGUAUGGAGGAAAAUGGUUGGUCGAGCAGAAGACUCGAACAAUUCCUAAGUGUCAACCUGAAUAUUGUGGAGAACCUGUUGCUGUUGACAAUGGUUACAUCUCACAGUCCAAUGGUGUUGUGUUUGGUUCCUAUGUGACCUUCACCUGUUUCCCAGGAUUCUCUCUGGUGUCUGGAGCAGCUAACAUCACAUGCCAGGCUGGUGGAUCGUGGUCAGAAAGGCCAACAUGUGGCUCUGCAAGUUGUCCAACUCCUGCAGUUAUCAGUAAUGGACAGCGUUCAAGCAGUGACACCCAGUAUGCCUCGGUUGUUAAUUAUACCUGUGAUUCUGGGUACCAGUUGAUUGGGGCACCAAUCUUAUUCUGUCAGUCCACAGGCCAGUGGACAGCAUCAGAGCCACAGUGUAUAAAAAUCAAAUGCCCCAUUCCUGAAAUACCAAAUGGCCAAGUAUCCUCUCAGAUGUUGCCAGAGUAUCAGGGGACUUUAACUGUCUCCUGUAACACUGGGUACAUAGUGAAUGGUUCAGCCACCAUUACUUGUCAGGAUGACAGAAGCUUUGGAACAUUACCAACCUGUAUCAAUAACAAUGAAUGUCAGACAAGUAAUGGAGGAUGCGCACACAACUGUACAGAUACUGAGGGGUCCUAUUACUGUACCUGUAGAGAUGGCUACACACUAAAUGCUGAUCAGAGACAGUGUGAUGAUGUUGAUGAAUGUUCGGUAAAUAAUGGCGGCUGUACCCAGGGCUGUACCACCUCUGCCGGCUCCUACAGCUGUUCCUGUAACGUGACAGGGUAUGUCCUGUUUGACGUGAAUGGCAGAUCUGGGUACACUAUACAGUCACCUGACACCGGCUCCAGGGCUGGGGAUGUCUAUCAUUUAGGACAUACCUGUGUCCGAAUAAAUUGCUCUGAGCCUGCUUUGGUCCCCAAUGGGAUGCUGAUGACGAAGCGUGCCAUGCACAGAUACAUGGACAAGAUCUCCUACAUGUGUGACCUGGGUUACGUAAAGACUGCUGGGGAAGAAAUGUUCACCUGUGGAGCAAAUGGGGAAUGGACCCCCUCUCAGACAACAUCUCUAUUACAGUGCUCAGUUGCAUCCUGUCCAGUGACUGACCUGAAUUCCCUCAACUUGAGAAAUGCCCCAACUCUUAGUACAACUAACCCUGUUAACUACCUGGACUAUUUGAAUAUGACAUGUACUGUACCAGGGAAGGGUACGUUUGUCAAUCAGCAGCAGUGCCUCUACAACAAGCAGACAAACACCUAUGGCUUGUAUGGUGCUCCUUAUGAAUGUGGUGUGAUUGACUGUGGUACCCCACCACAAGUAACAGGAUCUUCAUACACAAACCUAGCUGCAACAACCUUUGGCAAUACAUUCACGUUUGGUUGUGAAAGACUCCAAACCAGGAUGGGGUCUUCUAACACUACAAAUGAUGCCACCGUCACGUGUAUGGCUGACGGAAACUGGGACUUUGGAACUCUGCGAUGCGAAGGAACCAAAUGCCCUGAUCCAGGCUAUCCUAGAGGAGGGUACCUGUCUGCGGAUGUGAAGGGAUUCCAGUUGGAUCAGGUGGUGACGUUUGGCUGUAACAGAGCAGGCUUCAGUAUCCCCUCAGGGAACGCCCUGAAGUGCCAGCUGAGUGUAGGAGGGAACAGUCUGCAGUGGAACGCCACCACACCAGCCGAGUGCCAAGAUACUGAAAAUCCCACAAUAAGAGGAUGUCCAGGAAAUAUGACUCUGAACCAGUACACCCAGAUCUUUCACAAUAGGCCCUCUGUGAAUGAUAAUAGUGGAAUUAAGACCUUUGAGGUUACACCUGUAAAUGCCAAUACAACCCUAGUGUUGGAGACGACGCCAGUCACCAUAACUUACACCGCCACUGAUUUCAAUGGGAACUCAGAUAGGUGCAGUUUUACUGUGACUGUAACAGAUGAAGAGCCUCCAAAAGUAACCUGUCCGUCAGCAAAAACAGUGACAUUUACUGAUUCAGAGGUCACCAACUUCACUGUUAAUCCUGCAGAAGUAGUGAGGAGUGACAACAUUGGGAUAGCAUCUACCACAUACAACCCUCCCUAUCUUAUUGUGAGCAAAAACUAUAUUGAUACAACAAGAACGGUGACGGUAACAGUGACUGAUACAACAGGGAGGACAGAUCAAUGUCAACUCCAAGUCUACACCAAAGCUGCUCCAUGUUCACCCUUCUCCCUGGAAACCCCUGUGAAUGGACAGAAAAACUGUAGUGCCACCUCCACUGGGUUCCAGUGUGACUUGAAGUGUGCUCAGACCUACACAUUUUAUGAUGAUCCUGGAGUAGCAGUGAAGACCCUGACCUGCACCACAGGAAAUGCAUGGACCUCACGCAUCCCAGCAUGCACUCCUGAAAAUCAGCAAGCCCUAUACACAUCCCUGGUUACAGUGACUUACCAAGUGGAAACCCAAGGACAAACUAUUGGAUCCACUUGUUUCGACAAUGCUUACAAGUCAGCAAUUUCCACACAAACACCACUUACUGAACAGGCUUUGAAGGGUGGUUGUUCUGGUGGACUCUUCCCUAAUGAUAACAUUGAGAUCAAUAUCAAUGAAGACUCAUCGUUUGCCACUGCUUUAAUAAGUACAGACACGAUGAACAUCACCUACACAGUGGAGCAGAAGCCCUUUGGGUAUGAGGAAACAAAAUACUCUGCUUGUGCAGUGAACAUUCUGAGCAGAAUGCAGUCUUUCGACAUCAGUAUUAAAAGCGUAUCAUCCCAGGUACCAGGGUGUCCUAAUCUUGUUCGCACUGGUGCUGAAGAAAAUUCCAAGGGAUUUAUUUGCUCUGCAGAUAAAAAGAAAGUGACUGUUGGAGGAAAAGACUAUUGCCUGAAUUGUCCAGCUGGGACGUAUUUGAGUGCCCCAAACACCUGUACUUUAUGUCCAGUGAAUACCUACAAAAGUUUUAGCGGAGCCGCAGCCUGCACACCUUGUGGAUCUGGACGCGGCACCCACAUCACCGGGGCUACGUCAUCAGUGCAGUGUCUCACUUCUGUAGGUCAAAUUUGUCCAUAUGAAAUGUACCUGAACAAUGGAACCAGCUUGGGCCCUUAUAGACAGGCAUCGGGUUUGACAAUCAACUCUUGUCGACAACUGUGUGACAAUGAAAUACAGUGUCAGGCCUUUACCGUUGGGACUGGAAGUUGCUCUUUGUAUAGUAUUUCUCCAACCACCUCAACCUUCACCAGUGCACAAGGUUCUGUCCUCAACAAAAAGAAAUGUAACAAUCCAGAUGAUGAUUAUUGGAGCCCUUGGUAUGACAUGGGUCCACCAAGUUCUGGAACAGAAUCAGAAAAGCGAGCUCAGCUGUCCACGUAUGGUGUAAAUGUAUGCAAUGGAACAGUCCCGAUUGCUGCGGAAUGUCGCGUUGUUGGUACUGGUGUAUCGUCAUCACAAACAGGGGACGUGUUUUCUAUGGCAUGUGGAGUGGAUGGAAUUGAGUGCACAGACCAACAAAAUAAUGCAUGUGAAGAUUAUGAAGUACGAUACAAGUGUUCCGUUUACAAAGUAUUUCCUGGUGGCACCUGUAAUAUAAAGAACUACUGUUCACCAAAUCCAUGCAAAAACGGAGGAAACUGUAAUUCCCAAUUUAAUGACUUUACAUGUAGCUGUCCAUUUGGCUACACUGGCAAGCUUUGUCAGCACGACAUUGACUCCUGUGGACCUGCUUCCUGUCAGAACGGGGGCACCUGCUACGAUAAACCCGGCAACCAGGGAUAUGGAUGUACCUGUCCUCCAGGCUAUAAUGGGGAUGUAUGCCAGAGCAAUAUCAAUGAAUGUGCCUCCAACCCCUGUAGUCCUGUGGGGAGUCUUAACUGUGUGGACCGAGUCAAUGAUUUCUUCUGUAACUGUAGACCAGGGUUUACAGGAAAGAACUGCUCUGUGCCGAUUGAUGAGUGUGCCUCUGCACCCUGUAUGCAUGGCGGGAACUGUACAGACCUGGUGGCAGACUUUCAGUGCACUUGUCCUGAAGGCUGGGUCGGGAAACGAUGUGAGGUGAUUUACGAUGAAUGCACGUCUAAUAACAGAUGUCCCAGCACAGCUCCUUGUAUCAACAUUUUCAAGAAGUCUUUCUGCAGUUGCCCUAAAAAUACAUACGGUGACGUGUGUCAGAAUAAACCAGACAUUUGUCGUGACGUGAGACCUUGUUUGAAUGGAGCUACAUGUAAAGAAGGAAUCUCUACUUCCACAUGUACUUGCCCAAAUAAUGACUACAGAGGACUGGGCUGUCAGACUAUGAUAAGCCAUUGUGCUGAUCCCAAUAAGUGUCAGAAUGGAGGAACAUGUGUUAAUUUGGCCCCAGGUUUUAGAUGUGACUGCCAACCAGGUUAUGCUGGUGUUAACUGUGAAGUGAAUGUCAAUGACUGCUCUGGGGUUUCCUGCACCGGUGGCAGUACUUGUAUUGAUAUGGUGAAUGCCCAUUACUGCAGGUGUCCACUAGGAAAAACUGGAGAGGGCUGUCAAAGAAAUCUGGAUGUGAAUUAUGAUAUGUACUUCUACCUGACAAAGCAAGAUGGCUAUGCAGCACUGCCCUACCCCAUCUCUUUGAAUGCUGACGCAUUCUCUAUCAGUGUUUGGGUCCGCUUCUAUCAUUCCUCCAUCACUGGAACCUUCCUCACUAUUUUUGUUGCAAAGUCAGCCAAUAGUCUGACAGGUGUGACAAAGUUCCUCACCCUUGACCACAGUGGCUUAACAGUCUAUGAUGAGAACGUUCAGAACCCAAGGACAGCUAAGUACCAGCUGGAGAAGGUGGCUGACGGACGGUGGAACUAUGUGGUGAUGACGUGGAAGAACGACGGAAGCUUCGAUUUAGUGGUAAACAGCUUACGACAGGACACAAUAACUGCCACCCAGUACAAUUCCACUUUUGCCAAAAAUAUUUGGGUGACUCUUGGUGGAGACUUUGAUAGUUCCUUGACUCCAAGAGUUGGAUCAGGUUUCCGAGGAUAUGUAAGCCAACUGAAUAUUUACAACAGAGCUCUAAGCUUUGAAACUGAGAUGCCACAACUAAUUACUGAACCAAGAAAGGUAUUUGAUGGCACCAUCUUACGUUGGAAUGAAUUUAUCUAUCAUCGAGGAGUACAGCCAGUGUAUCCUUCAAGUGCACAGAAACAGUGUACAGGCAGCAACUGUGUUACAUAUAACAAGGUGUACCCCAUUUUUAAGACUCCCUGUCCUCCCAAUGUUUACAAAGUGUCCACAGACAGACUGACCACGGUGACAUGGACCGAGCCCAUUCCAGAGGGGGCAACAUCACAGGAGAGUUCCCACAAAUCAGGAGAUACAUUUUUAUGGGGCAAAUACACCAACACUUAUGCCAUACGUGAUGCUUCUGGCAGCUCGGCCUCUUGUUCCUUCAACAUUUAUGUUAUGCCUGAGAGGUGUGUAGAUCCCACACCCCCACAUCUAGGUACAAGAACCUGUGAGAGGAAUUAUAGCCCAUACAUUGGCUGUAGAAUUGGAUGUUCUAAUGCUAAUAGAAGAAUUGACCGAUACACACCUAAAGUUUACACUUGUGGACCUACAGGGGCAUGGAAUCCUUCCAAUAGAAAUAUUCCCAUUCGCUUCCCAUCUUGUGGAUUGCAACAGAACCCAGCAAAAAAGAAGCUGAAAAUACGACUGGCUUAUCCAAGUAUUUCCACUGCAUACUGUGAAGGAAUAAGAAACACUCUUUCUACAAAAAUGCAAGAAACUAUUGCCUCCAUUAACCAGAAGUGGGACAACAAGAUCUGUGGACAGACGGACUGUGGUGAUGUAGCCAUUGUUAUCACCUGUCAGACGUCCAGUGGAAGGCGAAAACGUCAGACAGCACAGAGCCCGACAUCAGUAGAUAUCACCAUCCCAGAGUCACUAGCCUCACUCACCAGGAGUAAUCCACAAGAAACACUCACCAUUGAGGAGAUUCUGACCAGAAAUAUCCUGGAGUCACAACUUUUUGAUUUUUCGGGAACAAUUCCCAAUGCUACACCCGAUCUGAAUGAGUUCACUUUAGACUCAACAGACACCUGUCCGAGCGGAGAGACAGUGGUGGAUGGCUAUUGUGUCAAAUGUGGUCCAGGAAAUUUCUUUAACAACGUGACCAGUGUCUGUGAUGACUGCCCUGUGGGGACUUAUCAAGAUCUGGAUGACCAGUCCUCUUGUAAGCCGUGUACUCAGGGAUCUAACACACAGACUGUAGCCAGCACCAGCGCCACCGAUUGUAAAACAAUCUGUGACCCUGGCCAUUACCAGACAGGAAGCAGAUGUGAACCUUGUCAGGUGGGCUUCUACCAGAACCAGUCCGGAAUGUUUUACUGUGACCCGUGCCCAGUGGGUCAAACAACUCGAGCGGUUAAAUCCACCUCUCAAAGUGAAUGCUACAAUGACUGUAAUCCUGGUUUUGAGCUGGCCCCCAAUGGAACCUGCGUACGUUGUCCGUUGGGUAAAUACAGAACUCUGGGAACUACAGCUGUGUGUGUCACGUGUCCAUCUGACAAGACGACUCCAACGACUGGGUCUACCUCCAUAGCUGACUGCUCACUCACUUCUUGCCUCCAGGGAACUUACAGAAGUGGAGAACCCUAUAUCAUUUCUUUUUUGGAAGGAGAGUAUCAAGACGAAAAAUGGCAGACCUCCUGUAAAUCCUGUGGUGGCGUACGAUACAUGACCCUCAAUAAAGGCUCCACACAAAAGUCAGACUGUAUCUUCUUCUGUGAGAGUGGACAAGAAGUAGACAACAGUACCAGUUCUCUGACCUGUGUUAACUGUAAAGUAGGAUUUUACAAGGACAACUCCAUAGACCCAACAAGCAAAUGUGUAGCCUGUCCUGGAGGAAAAUUAACCGCCACAACAGGAUCUGAUUCCAUUGAUGACUGCUCAAUUUUCCGAUGUGGUGCCGGUUACCGCCCCAAUGCCACCGCCAAUGGCUGUGACCCCUGUCCUUACGGUACUUAUCAGAGUCAGGCCGACCAGGAGAACUGCACCGUUUGUCCCGCUGGUUAUAGUACUCAUCAGAUAGCCUCCACUCAGUCAUCUGACUGUAAAGUGUUCUGUGAGUCUGGGAAGGUCCGUAAUGAACAACUUCAGAGGUGUGAUGACUGUCCUAUUGGUUACUACAAGACAAACACAGAUUUCAAGUUCAAUAACUGUACAAAGUGUCCCGUGGACUAUGUCACUCCCGCUACUGGAUCAGAUUCUGUCUCGGACUGCACCGUCAGGGAUUGCCCAGCAGGAACAAAGAGACAGACGGGUGACACAGGCUGUGAUGGAUGUCUGAGAGGGCAGUACCAGCCCAAUCCCCACCAGUCAUCGUGUUUAGACUGUCCAGCCAACACAUACACCCGCGACGUCAACUCCACCAAACAGACAGACUGUGAAACAUUCUGUCCCUCUGGCCAGGAGAAGACAGGGGGAGCUUGUGUUACUUGUACAGUGGGAUACUACAAAGAUAACAAUGAAGAUAAGUUCUCCAUGUGUACUCUCUGUCCUGUGGAAUUCAUCACCGCCAACAAUGGAUCUACUGCAAAAACAGACUGUACAAUAGCCAAUUGUUCUGCUGGACAUUAUAGAGAUAAUAGCAACCAGUGUCAGCCUUGUGCCAAGGGUUUCUACCAGCCGGAGCGAUGGCAGACAUCUUGUGUUCAGUGUCCCACAGACAAAACCACUGAGUCCACCGGAUCGACCUCCCUCAGCAUGUGUCAAUUACAGUGUAGUCCUGGUUAUGAAGACAUCGGUGGAAACUGCAGCAAGUGUAAGAUUGGAUAUUACAAGACUGAGUAUGCUGCUGCCCUGUGUAAGGAAUGUCCUUCAGGAUUCAUAACACAAGCCGAGGGAGCCACUCUGGCAGCAAACUGCUCUGUCCCUGCCUGCAACCCUGGAUCUUAUCUUAAAGACAAUAAGUGUGAGCUUUGCCCUUAUGAUACAUACCAGCCAGAUAAAUGGCAGACAUCUUGUGUAAAUUGUCCUGCUAACAAGGCUGUGACACAGAAAAUGGGAGCCACCAGUCUCGACGAGUGUGUGGUGGAUUGUCCCUCUGGUGAUCAGUAUGAUCCUGUAACUAAGGGCUGUAAUGGUUGUCUGCGUGGCUACUACAGAGAUAAAACGGAUCGCACUCAGCUAACAUGUCAGAUGUGUCCAGUAGAUUUCAUCACCUCAGCUGACCGGGCCACUAGUGAUAGUAACUGUACCAUCAGAAACUGCACCUCCCCUGGUCAGUACAGAAAUCCAGCAGAUAACCAGUGUACAGAUUGUCCAGUGGGAACGUUCAAUGAAUAUAAAUGGCAGGACAGCUGUACCCAAUGUCCACAAGGCUACACAACCAGAGCAAGAGGAAUGACCAGCAGGGAUAAUUGCACCAGGGAUUGUCCCUCUGGACAGUUUGAGACACAAGGUGUUUGUCAAGUGUGUCUGCAGGGUACCUAUAGAGACAAAACUGAAGGGUUUGACUGUAAGCCGUGUCCCUCUGGGUACACCACACAAGGCACUGGAGCCACUUCUCGUACAGACUGCAGCAUAACUAACUGCAAAGUAGGAGAAUUCUUUAAUGACCAGCUUCAGAGGUGUGAACUCUGUGGUAACGGAACAUACCAGGAUCAACCACGGUCAAGUAGCUGCAAGUCCUGUGGACCGGAGGGCUAUUUCACCGUCAGCUUGGGCAGCACAUCUAUAUCUGCCUGUAAAAAGUUCUGUGAUGCUGGAAACAACAACUGUCACCUGGCUGCCUCCUGUACCCCCACCUCUAACAGCUUCACCUGUCAGUGUAACCAGGACUUCCAGGGAGACGGCACCAACUGUACUCAUAAGUGUGAUUUAGGCUAUUGUGUGCAUGGAACAUGUGUCAAGUCACCAAAACUACUCUGUCAGUGUGGCACUGCCUAUCUAGGAGACAGAUGUCAGAUUCGUAAAGAUUUCAGUAAAGAAUCACAGCAACAGAACGAGACAGUAAUUAUAGCUUCUGUGACGGCUGGAGCUGCUCUUAUGAUUCUCGCCAUUCUCAUUGUCUGCUGUGUUGCCAGGGCACGCAAAAGACCAGAGAAGUACAGUCAUCACACAGAAUACACAGGAGGUCCGCCGAUGGAUAAAGCCGCAUUGUACGGUCCACCAUUUCCUGCAAGUCCCUAUGACAAUUACAGCAUGAGGUCAUAUUCUGCGGGUGGAUCCUUUAGAAAUGUAACCACAUUGCCAGAAGUUGCAUAUCAUAAUCCAGGUUUUCAGGAUGAUCCUGCAGUUUACCAGGCCUAAAAGGAACGGGUUUAAAAGUUAAAGAAAUCAAACAUUUUCAUGAACAGUGUGAGCCAGUGAGUGACUGUGCCACUUUGACAAUAUCAUUAUGACCUUGCCAUAUUCAUCAUACUCAUUAUACUAUAUAUACAUGUAUCUAUACUCCUGCAUCUUAUUAUGUUUUGUCCCCAUUCAGUAAUGUCUUGUGUUCUUCAUAUAAUCAAAGUGGUAAUAUCAAGCAUCAAAUAUUACAUUUUCAGAUUUUUAAUGACCUUUUUUGUUUUUUGCAUUUUAUUGUUUAUUUUUUUGAAUGUCUUAUUUUUUUACCGAGUGUUGAUAGUUUACAAAUGUUUAUGUACAGAAAGAUAAAGAAAUGUGCACUCUAUUGUUGACACCUAUUUAUAUGAGAUAUUUUACCCCUAGAUCUCUCAACAUAGUCCCUAGCAAUAAUGUGCCAACUGGUUACUGCAAUAAUGCUGUGAAAAUAUAUAAAUCAUACACAGCUGGGGUACAGAGCAGGGUUCACAAAAUAUCAGUAAAAGAAAAAAUCUGAAAAUGUUAUACCAAGGACUCAAAAAUGUAAAUAACUUGAGAUAAUUAACAUAAUAUUUGUAAAUAGGUCAGGGUCACAAAAGGGGUAGAAUAUCUUUAUUUAUAUCUGACUGCUGAUUGGUAUGAUAAAUGAUGUAUUUUCUAGCUUGGUAUAUUCCAAAUAUAGAGUGACUGGUAAAUUGUUCAUGUGGAGUUCAGGUAUUGUUAAAAAUACUCUGAAAAAAAUGAAUGGUUGACAAAAUAUCCUCACUACAGCAAUCAAAUACAAGGUUAUUAGCUUAUAUACUCAUAUUUUGUCAUAAUAAAAAUUUAUAAAAAUUUAUAUAUUGAAUAUAUUUAACUGGACUUAUGUAUUAUCAAUAUUAUGCAAGUUUACAAACAUAUGUUGAUAAUUUA